AUGCCAAUGGCUAGACCUGGCAAGGGCAAGAGCGAGUACGAGUAUGCCUACGAAGAGUACUCGGCCUACGAAGAGGUUACCGCUGCCGGUGGUGGAAGCUCCUCCUCUUCCUCUGCUUCGGGUGCAGGCGUCGUCCCUACCCGCCGUCGCCGUCGUGCCGAUGUCGAAGCUGCUGGUAUGGCCUCAGACUCAGACUCAGACUCGGGCUCGGGCUCGGGCUCAGGCUCGGGCUCGGGAUCCGACUCGUUUACCCGUGGCCUGCCGGACUCGCUUGCGCCGACCACCAUCCGCAUCCUCAAGUUCCUCAAGGAGGCCGAGGAGGAGAUGAACCGCGGGCCGAGCGAGGAGCAGAUCGCGUGGGAGGCCGAGCUCGCCGAGGACUACUCCACCUGGGGCUACCUUCGGUGGGCAGCGUGGAAGACGUACAAGGGCGCAGACUGGCUCGGCGGAACCAUCGCCCACGUCACGGGCAUCACCGCGCCCAAGUAUCAGUACUACAUCGAUCACGCCAUUCGUGAGAAGGAGGAAGAGGAGGCUCGUCGCCGCGAGACCUUUGCCGCUCGCUCUGCUGCCAUGGCCUCUGUCGAAGGUGGCCGCCCUAUCCACUCGGACGCCUCGGCUGACUCGAUCGCCAUGUCUUCGCACGAGUAGCCGCCACCACACACACGCUCUCUCUCUCUCUCUCACACACACACACACCGGCUCCACGUUCACUCCACUCCCAUCUGCACAAUAACACCCAGUCGCCAC